UCUGGUGAGGGACAUGUCUGGAUCAAAACUUAGCAUGAUGAUACAUUUUAAGACCCAACAAUUUCCUUGAAAUAUUCUAUCAUGACCACCAGCUCCCACCUCUCUUUUGUGUGAAUUUUCUCUACUGUAUAUCAAGUGCACAAAAUCACAUUGCUUAAUAUAAAACGUAAUUACAAUAUUUAGGCAAAUUCAGUGAGAUCAUAUAUCAUACAUAUCAUAUUUAACAGCCAAUCCGUCUUCAACCGUAUAGCCCACGUCUGCAAGACUUUCACCAACCAACCAUACUUCUGUCAAAAAGAAUUUGGGGCAAAUAAUAUCGUAACGCAACGCCGCUUGUUUGGUUUCCAUAGCAACCGACUGGGUUUGCUGCCGCAUUUCGCCGUUUUUUCCUGGGAUUUUUUCUUGAUCCUAUCAGCUCCGGUGUAGUUGUAAGCUGGUUUGUUGCUGUAAGUGACACGGAGUGCAGUCACAGUCCAGACCAGUGAACACCAACAUGGGCGAGGACACCAUGAAAAUGAGGAUGGAGGCUGCCCACUCCUUCAAAUCCUUCAUGCUGACAAAAAGCACGAAAAGCAAUACAAACCUCUAUGACCAUCUGACCAAGGUGCUGAUGAAGGUGAUGGACGAGCGCCCACUGGAUGCAGUGGACAUGUUGGAGGACAUAAGUAUUGAUGUGAAGCGUGCAUCGUUUGAGAACCAACAGAACGUUAUACAAGAGAUACCAGAGGUCGUGGCUACCGAGGUGCUGGCUGAAGAGCAACACAAGCUAUUUACACAAGAGAUGGACCAGGAGGACCCGCUGCCUCUUCCGAACGUGAGUGAGAUCGCAUUCUAUCUGGAGCAGGCCGGUGUGGGCCUGGGCCGGGAGGAAAUGAUCAGGGCCUUCCUGGCCAUCAGGCAGCUGGUGGACUCUCAGAAUCUACAGCGUUGCAGGCUGUGGGGGAAGAUUUUGGGAAGAGAGCGCAACUACAUUGUGGCUGAAGCUGAAUAUCCUGAUGGUGAGGAGGAAGAGGAGGAAGAGGAGGAGGAGAAAGAGGAAAAUGAGACAGAGGCUGUAGAAGCAGAGGAAGAAGAUGGCGAGGAGGAGGAGAAUAUUGAGAUCCCACUCCCCAAGUCCUCAUAUAGACCUCCACGACCAGUACCUAAGGAGCCAAUAGGUUCCGGUGCUAACAAGUUUGUAUACUAUGUGUGCAGUGAGCCUGGCCUGCCUUGGAUAAAGCUCCCGGUAGUCACUCCGGCUCAGAUUGUUGCGGCUCGACAGAUUAGAAAGUUCUUCACUGGCAGGCUGGACGCUCCCGUGCUCAGCUACCCACCAUUCCCUGGAAAUGAAUCCAACUACCUGAGAGCCCAGAUUGCUCGCAUCUCUGCAGGCACUCAGGUCAGCCCACAAGGCUACUACAAGGUGGUUGAUGAAGAUGAUGAGGAAGAUGACCAGGCAUCCCGAGACACUUGCGAAGUCAACCCUGACUUUGAAAGCAUCCCUGUUGUAAACAUGGUGGAGUCUUUGACUACAUGGGUUCAUCAUGUUCAACACAUCCUGAUGCAGGGUCGCUGCACCUGGGAGAGCAUGGGCGCAAAAUCUAAGGAAACAUCCUUCAAUGAUGCGGAUGAAGAUAAUGAUGAUGAAAACGAGAAUGAGCCUGAAGAAAUCGACCCCGAAGUUGGACCCCCCCUGCUGACCCCCAUCUCAGAAGAUGAAGGUAUUUCCAACACUCCAGCAUGGACCGUCAUGAGCUCCAGUUCACAUCUCUCUCAACAUGCCAUUGCUGUGGUACGAUCUAACAUCUGGCCUGGAGCCUUCGCUUAUGCUUGUGAAAAAAAUUUUGAGAACAUCUAUAUUGGCUGGGGUCAGAAGGACAUAGUGCUUGGGUACAGUCCUCCUUUGCCCCCGCUGCCACAGAAGCAGUACCUUACUGGACCUGAGAUCACAGAGGACGAGGACCCGUCUCGGGAGAGGGAGUUGGAAAUGGAAGCGAUCGAGAAAGGGGCGGAGGAUAUGAUUGACGAUGAGGAGCAGGACGACGGCGAUGACGAAGAUGACUAGGAUCAAGAAUCGGAAUCUAGAAUUUGAAACCAACCUGCUCUCUGCUACAGGACAACUUCACUGAGCAGAUGAUGCAUGGCAGGAGGACAGGGAAAGAUAAACACUUGACAUUUUGGACACCAGAAGCAAUAUGGAAAGGUUUUACUGAGCAUAAAAAUUGUAUGCUCGUAAACACACAACAGUUCCACCUCUUUUUUUUCAUUGAUGUUCAUUCUUUUUGGAUGUUUUGGAUGUUAUAUCCCCAGCUCAGAAAUAAAAGUUGCUUCAUAGAAAUCAAU